CUGGUGGUUUUAUUGUGGAGCCAAGUGGACCGACUCUUAUGUAAUUGUACUCUGUGGCAUUAACAAAGAACUAGAAGAUAGAGAGACGAAAUGUUGGCAAAGGUGUUACCUGCUACAACUUGACAACACUGAUGAGAUUUCCUAUUUCCAGCUUCAGUUAAUGUUCACAUCGUCAGAAUGGGGAAAAAAUGUGAUCACAGGGACGUGUCUGUUGGUGCCAGAUGGCUGGUUUGAGCCUGAAACUAAUGAUUUCCUGUGAUUUUUGCACGCAGCGGUCUCUAAAGUUUAGUCCGAAUAGUGGUCUGGAUUUCUGCUGAGCCUCACCGACGGUAGGGUGAGAAGUUGCCGUCAAUAGCAUGAAUCCAUGGACCCAACCUGCCUUGUGUCAACAACCCACAUUGGUGGUGGUGUAACGGUGUGUUUUUCUGGCACACUCUUGACACUGAUCAGUCAUGGUUUGAAUACCACAGCCUAUCUGAGUAUUGUUGCUGACCAGGUGCUUCCCUUUAUUGCCACUAUUUACCAUCAUCUAAUGGCUACUCCCAGCAUGAUAAUGUACCAUGUCACAAAGCCAAAAGUUUAUCAAACAUAUGAACAUGACAGUGAGUUUAGUGUAGUUCAGUGGUCCAUCUAAUUCUUGUUGUAAUGAUCUGUGAUAGAACCUACAUAUUUUUAGGACCAAACUGUUUACAUGAGGAAGAGAAGACGGAGAUUUAGGACACUGUGGCUCAAUUUUCACAUAUGGAAAAGUGAUAAAAUGCUGACAGGGUAUAUAACCUCUUAUUUAUGGCCCUGGAAACUUAGUAACCUUUGCUCAGGCGGGAUGCCACUCUAAAGACCUCACACCCUCAACUGAGUCGUCUCAGUAUUGCACAGAUCAUUUUGCUAGAGACAGUGGACUUUGUACUUCUCCUUUAUGAGGAAGUCUUGGGCGUAUAGAGUCGCUGACUGAGGUAAAGCAUUAAAUUGUUAGCUGUAAUUGUACUAAAGUGUGAAUAAUACAGAGGGAAGUGACAGCACCGUUCAACUGCCAGACAUCACAGUGCAGGUGUGUCAGCUCAGCCCUGAGGAUGUUCAGGAGCAACAGUCCCUUUGGCAAUGACACCAACAGCUUUACAGGAUCGGUUCUGUCUAAUGGUAAUUCCACCAUGACUAUGGAUGAGGUGUCAUCACAGGUCUCAGGUCUGUCGAGGCCCAGCGCAAAGUCAAUUUACUUGCAGAGGAAGGAGUAUGCAGUGUCUAUCAACAAGAUGAUGGACAAAUUUCAGUACAGAGUGGAGCACCUGUUCACUUGUGACCUGGAUGGGAAGGAGCUGAGAACUGUGGCCGACUGCGUGGAGCGCCUGAAGCUGCUGGACGGGAUGGGUCGUGUGUGGGGUCAGAACAUGCUGCUGGAGGUGCGCGGCGUCAACCUGCUGCUCACAGACAUCGAAACCAAGGAGGAGCUGGAGUUGUUGGCUCUCAGUGACAUCCUGGAGCUAAAGGCUGUGCUGGACGCUGGAGUGUUUAACUCCCUGCUCACUAUGUCAGUGCAGACCGGGAGAAAUAAGACCACCGUCUUCAUGUUCCAGUGUGAUGAUGUCAGGGCUGACCACAUUCAAAGGGACCUUUCACGAGCACUGUCACGCAGGAGAGAGAAUCCAAGCUUCAACAGCGGUGCAGGACUUACAUCUGGAGUGAAAAACCAUCAUAAUGCUGCAGCAACCCCUGAACCUACAGCGCCAAGGCCUGCAGCUCACCCGCAGCCUCUGUGGACGUCUCCUGACUAUGAGGAGGAUGACAUCGACGAGCCUGAGCUGGCUGUAGCUCAGGAGGAAGAGGCGGAGGAAGUGGAGGAGGAGGAGGUUCCGCCUUACAUAGAUAUACCAUCACAGAGGCCGUUCAGAGCUGAAGAGGAACCUCUGUCUCCUCCUCGCCGGUACACAGAGCUGGAAAGGAGUGUGGAUAUCUUGAAUCAUAUUGUAAGUGACAUUGAAAUCUUCAUGGGGAAAGUAGCAACAGUCGUAGCUAAAAAUUCAAAGAAGAAGAAGAAGAAAAAGGGUAAAGUCAUGGACGGGAUGCCCUCUACAGAAGAAUUUGAAACAUAUUUCCAUAAGACCAAAUAUGCUCUCAACCUUCUGGGGGAGCUCAAUGGCAAGAUUCAUAAUCCCAGUGCUCCUGAGUUGGUUCACUCCCUCUUCUCCACAUUAGCAUUUGUGGUAUCUCACUGUCCUGAUGGUAUGCCACCAACAAUUGUGGCUCCACUGCUAAUGCCUCAGUGCAUCCGUCUCAUGAGUGAAGAGGCGUCCCCGGAGGAGGACCAACUGUGGCAGUCCUUGGGAGACGCCUGGAACAUCCCCAGUACCCAAUGGCCAGAGGAUGACGAGGACAUCCCAACAUACACUCUGGAGUUCUCUGACGGCUGGCAGCCCCCUGAAGUUAGUGACCUCAGUGAACCUGUGAGCAGACAAGAUAGUCCACGGCCUGCACCCAGCCAGACUUCAGCUAAAUGGACACCACCACAUCACCCACAGAAAUCACGCUCCGGUCAUUCACAACCACGUCCCAUGCGUGUUAAGAGCGACUUCAUCUCCAGAAACCACAGAGAGCUCACCGUUAGGAAAGGAGAGAUAGUCGAGGUGCUGGACACAUCAAAGCAGUGGUGGAAAGUGAGGAACAACAGCAGGGAGGAGGGUUACAUACCCAAUAAUGUCUUGGAGACUCCAGAUGAUGAACAACCUUACGAGCAAAUUGAUGGCACUCCUGUCCUAUCAAAGAGGUCCAAGCCUGCAGAAGUGAAAGCCUGGCUGGAAGACAAAGGCUUUAGUAAAAUCACCAUACGCUGUCUGGGCGUGCUGAGCGGCUCCAUGCUCCUGGGGAUGACCAGGGAGGAACUGAAGACGGUGUGUCCUGAGGAAGGAGGGAGAGUCUUCUUCCAGUUGCAGGCAGUCAAGUCCACCAUGGCUGCUGCUGAUUAACUGAAACCGACAUGAGGACAUCAAAGAGGAAGAAGGAGGAGGAAUCAUGGACCAGAACACAUCACCAGUGGUUAAAUACUGGAGGCCUUCAGUGAAUAUUAUGCAAUAAAAAGUCAAAUAAGUUAAAUUUCACUUAGUGAAGUUGUCUGGUACCAUUCAGAAAUGUCAACAUGUCAUCAAAUCUGUAUACAAUCAAAUGUAAAUGAAAGGCCAGUAGCACUGUGCUAAUGAUGUGUAAUAAUAUGUAUAAUGAUGUGAACUCUGUGACAAAAUGUAGGCGCCUAAUCGAUAUGGUCAUUAUGUAAUUUGUAAAUAAGUUAUCUAAAGCACAGCACAGUGAUUCAGUGAAUAAACAUGCUUUAUUUCA